CGAGUGUACCAGUUUGUUUUUGCUCAGAGACUGACCUUACCUUUGUGUGCAUGCACAUUUGUAGGUGUGUGUGUGUAUGUGUGAGAGAGAGAGUGUGCGUGUUUGUGUGAGGACACCUGAGGAUCUGAUAGCACUGUUGUUCCCACUGUUGAAGUCUUGAACGACUGAAUAAAGCUUGUUUGUGUGGGGACAAUGAAGGAAGCUAGAGAAUAAGGGCUGUGGAUAUCAGGUCUCCAGUUUCCCCCUUUGUCUGAGGACACAGAAACUCCACCCUGAAACACAGCAGCAAGCAGCUAUCUUCUCACAGUUAGACCCAGGAACAUUAGACCGGAGCAAAUCCAUCAUCAGAAAUCUGUUGCAGCAGCAUUUUCAUGGCUUCUCAGGGCCUCCAGAUCUUGGGUGUUUUACUGGCCUUCUUUGGUUGGCUGGGCGCCAUCAUCACCUGCAGUUUGCCCAUGUGGAGAGUCACCGCUUUCGUGGGGGCGAAUAUCGUCACUGCCCAGGUGAUCUGGGAAGGCUUGUGGAUGAGCUGCGUGGUCCAGAGCACGGGGCAAAUGCAGUGUAAGAUGUACGACUCCAUGCUGGCUCUGCCUCCGGACCUGCAGGCUGCCAGGGCCAUGGUGAUCAUCUCUGUGAUUGUUGGGAUAUUCGGCAUCCUCAUGGCUGUGAUCGGAGGAAAAUGCACCAACUGCAUGGAGGAUGACGUGGCCAAAGCUAAAACCUGCAUUGUGGCUGGAGUGAUAUUCAUAAUAACCGCCUUGCUGAUCUUGAUUCCUGUAUCAUGGUCGGCUCAUGCAGUAAUCAGCGACUUUUAUAACCCCCUAUUGGUUGAGGCUCAAAGAAGGGAGCUUGGAUCUUCACUUUACAUAGGCUGGUGCUCUGCUGCUGUCCUGCUGCUGGGAGGUGGUCUUCUCUGCAGCAGCUGUCCCCCAAAAGAUGGUGGCAGACCCUACAUGCCUGCCAAAUUCACACCUGUAAGAAGUGUAUCUUCAAAUGUUGACUAUGUUUAAGUGUCUCAGCUACAAUGCUAAUAAAAAGGCACAACAGUAUACUCGAACAAUUCUCAAGGCUGAAGGCAGUAAAAAAAACAGAUCACAUUUUACUACAUUUAAUAGGUUUCAUACAU